AUGGCGCCCUCAGCCACCAGCACGGAAUGGGACCACCAGUUUCACACUCUGCGUCGCCAGGAUCUCUUCCGCAAUCCUCCUACCGAUCAUUCCGCAUAUCCUGCUCUCCAGUUAGCAGUCAACCCCCACAUUGAGUCGUUCAACGCCAUCUUCCGCGGCGAUGGAAAGCCCGGCCUUCUGGCCCAUGGCCUGGCGGAUAUUGGCACAAAAGUUUUCCUCGAUGGCAACGACCGCGCUGGCCCAGAAGGCAAAAACCGCCUCCAGAUUCGGAUCAAGGAGGUGACCCUGCAAAAGCCGCAGGUGCCGCCAUCCAACAAGCUGGCCCUGAACAGAGAAAUUUUCCCGGCCGAGUGCAGAGAGAGACACGCUACCUACAGAGGAAAGCUCUCCGCCACUUUUGAGUACAGCAUCAAUGGAGGCGAUGUCAUUGAAUUUACCAGAGAGCUUGGCCAGGUUCCUAUUAUGAUCAAGUCAAACAGAUGUCACCUCGAGAAUAACUCGCCUGCUUUGUUGGUUUCACGAAAAGAAGAGUCCGAAGAGCUUGGUGGAUACUUUAUUGUCAACGGUAAUGAAAAGAUUAUCCGUCUCCUGCAGGUGAACAAGCGAAACUUUCCCAUGGCCAUCAACCGUCCGAGUUUCACAAAUCGAGGUGCCGGAUACACCACAUACGGUAUCAUUCUGCGAUCAGUACGACCAGACGAGACGUCGCAGACAAAUGUUUUGCAUUACUUGAAGGAUGGAAAUGUGACCUUCAGGUUUUCUUGGCGCAAGAACGAAUACCUUAUCCCCGUCAUCAUGAUUCUCAAGGCACUGGUGGAAACCAACGACCGAGAAAUCUUUGAGGGACUGAUUGGACCCAUGGGCUCUAAGUCGGCCCAAAACACUUUCCUCACAGAUCGUGUAGAACUCCUGUUGCGAACAUACAAGGCCUAUCGCCUCUACAGCAAGUCUGAAACACGUGCCUACUUGGGCCAAAAGUUCAGGGUCGUCUUGGGAGUUCCGGAGACCAUGUCAGAUUACGAGGUUGGAACUGAAUUCCUGCGAAAAAUUGUCUGCGUGCAUCUGGGCAAUGUCGACGUCACUGAGAAGCAAGAUCUCGACAAGUUCCACAUGGUGCUGUUCAUGAUUCGGAAGCUCUACGCCUUGGCCGCUGGUGAAUGCGCCGUCGACAAUCCCGAUGCCAUCCAGAACCAGGAAAUUCUGCUCGGUGGAUUCCUUUACUCGCAGAUUUUGAAGGAGAGGCUAGACGAGUUCCUUAGCGUGAGCGUUCAAGAAUUCCGAAAGGAGUUCCCUGGUGGCAUCUUCAGAAAGUCAAACGAAAAUAUCGCCAAUGGCCUCGAAUACUUCCUUUCCACCGGUAAUUUGGUUAGUGCCUCUGGUCUGGAUCUACAGCAAACAGCAGGCUUCACUGUGGUGGCAGAGAAGCUCAACUUUUUGCGUUUCAUCAGCCACUUCAGAAUGGUUCACCGUGGUGCCUUCUUCGCCCAACUCAAGACAACAGCCUGCAAGAUUAUGACGGAUUACAUCGAUGUUUCCAGCAUUCCUGCGCUGGUCGCUGAGCUCGGUGCUGUUGAAACAUCAUCCGCGUCCACUGAUGAGAGUGUUGUUGUCAUGCUGGAUGGCAAGAUCCUCGGAUGGUCCACCCCGAAGGAGUCACUGCGAAUCGGGGACUGCUUGAGAUACUGGAAGGUCGAGGGCUCGCACAACGUACCUUUGCAGCUCGAGAUCGGAUACGUACCCCCAUCAAACGGCGGUUCAUACCCGGGUCUGUAUCUGACAUCCACCCCGUCCAGAAUGGUUCGACCCGUCAAAUACCUGCCCCUACAGAAAGAAGACUUUGUCGGCCCCUACGAGCAGCCUUACAUGUCAAUCGCUGUCGUUCCGCAGGAGAUUGAGUCUGGUGUGUCUACACACGUUGAAUUCGACCCAACCAACAUGCUCUCCAUCCUUGCCAACAUGACGCCGUUCUCCGACUUUAACCAAUCUCCCCGAAACAUGUACCAGUGUCAGAUGGGUAAACAAACUAUGGGAACUCCAGGUACGGCCAUUCGACACCGAACAGACAACAAGUCCUAUAGGAUACAAACGGGUCAAACCCCCAUUGUCCGUGCCCCUCUUCACAACACUUAUGGCUUCGACAACUUCCCCAACGGCAUGAACGCAGUGGUUGCUGUCAUUUCUUACACCGGUUACGACAUGGACGAUGCUAUGAUCAUCAAUAAGUCUGCUCACGAAAGAGGCUUCGGUCACGGUACCGUCUACAAGACCAAGAAGAUCACGCUCAAGGAUGACUCAAGAACCAGGGCUGCCAAGAGCGUUGUCAAAAUGUUUGGUUUCGCCCCUCACAGCUAUGUCAGCGCGGCGUACCAGGGCAUGCUUGAUGACGAUGGUUUGCCGCACGUUGGCCGAAUGGUAAAGGAAGAUGAUGUUUUGUGCGCAUGGCACACAGUCACCCCCGAUUACAACGGAAACCUGGUCAACCUUGACGGACUCACCCACUACGAGAAAUACAAGGACUCUGAGAUUGGAUUCAUCGAAGAGGUCCGACUGAUUGGUGCCGAAUCAGGCUCUGAGCCUCUGCAGACGAUUUCCAUCAAGAUCCGUAUCCCUCGUUCUCCCGUCAUUGGUGACAAGUUCUCAUCCAGACACGGACAGAAGGGUGUCUUGUCACAAAAAUGGCCGAUGGUGGAUAUGCCCUUUUCCGAGACUGGUAUUCAGCCCGAUGUCAUCAUCAACCCUCACGCUUUCCCGUCUCGAAUGACGAUUGGUAUGUUUGUGGAGUCGCUGGCCGGAAAAGCUGGUGCUCUGCAUGGACUGGCGCAGGAUUCUACUCCAUUCAGGUUUGACGAAGAGAACACGGCAGCAGACUACUUCGGACACCAGCUCAUGAAGGCCGGAUUCAACUACCACGGAAACGAGCCCAUGUAUUCUGGCAUCACGGGAGAGGAGCUCGGUGCCGAUAUCUACAUCGGUGUAGUCUACUACCAGAGACUACGUCACAUGGUUAACGACAAGUACCAGGUGCGAACCACUGGUCCUGUGGUGCCCACAACAGGCCAGCCCAUCAAGGGCAGAAAGAGAGGUGGUGGUAUCCGUGUGGGAGAAAUGGAACGUGAUGCCCUGUUGGCACACGGCACAGCCUUUUUGCUGCAAGACAGACUGCUCAACUGCUCAGAUUACACUCGAUCAUGGAUCUGCCGUCGCUGCGGAUCAUUCUUGUCCGUGCAGCCCACAGUAUCUCAAUUCGCACCAGGAAAGAAGAAGGCUCCCAGCAUGGUCCGUUGCCGAAACUGUGCCGUCAGGCUCGACGACAGCGAGGGCAUCGACUUGACGGAAAUUCAGGGAGAGAUUUGGGAGGAUGGCCAGGGCAACUGCUGGGUGGGCGGCGACCAGACGACGCAGGUUGUGGUCCCCGGUGCGCUCAAGUUUUUGGAUGUGGAGUUGGCGGCCAUGGGCGUCAAGCUCAAGUACAGAAUAGACCGGACGGACGAGCCUCGCAAGGGACCGAUGAAGCCGCUGAAGCAGAUUACGGCGGCUGCUUAG